AUGCUGAAAUCCACAUAUACAUCACUACCUCUGCCCCCAGGGUGGACGGAGCACCGGGCGCCCGCUGGUCAACUGUACUACUACAACUCGGCUACGAAGCAGUCAACGUACACAAGGCCUCAAGUGUCAUCGCCUGCCCCUCAACCCGCACCGACCGUCCCUGAGCCUUCUCAACCACUUCCCUACUAUGCGCCAGAAACUUUACCACCCUUUCCUCUACGGCAUAUGGCCCAGCAGGGUACGGGCCUGAUGGGUCACAGCAAAGUGGACACCAGCAUGGCCAUGGGCAUGGCCGAGGUGGUUUCCGGGGAGGAAAGGGUUAUCAGGAUCGUGGGCGUCCUGAAAAGACGUUUCGUUUAUAAUCCGGAAACCGACGAAAGCUUUUGGAAAUUUCCACAGGAGGUAUUGAAAGGCGUCGUCGAAUACGAUCGUUUGGAACGCGAGAAGAAAGAGAGAAGAGAGCGUGGCGAAGAACCCGAGGAGCUUUCCAAAGAUACUGUCCCAGAAAAGACGACACAGCAACCAGAGAAGGCCAUUGAAGCUCCCACGCUGAUCCAACCGGCACCCGAACAGUUAGGAGGCCCCGAAGAUAGCGACGAGUAUGAAGAGGUCGAGGUUACAGAUAGCGAGUAUGAGGACGAGGGACUGCCAUCGAAACGAGCACGGACUGAGAGUGAGGCUCCCGACAAUAAGCCAGUGGAAUUCACCGAGGAGGAUAUGGCUUAUCAGCUUGAGGCCAUGGGAGAGGACUAUGGUCUCGACCCGGAGGAAUACGGUGAACCCGGAGAAGAGGACUGGGAGGACGGUGCCCAGGGCCUUGAAUUGACCGAUGCUGAUGCCGAAGCACUCUUCCGCGAUCUUCUCGAUGACUACAACAUCAAUCCUUUCACGAUUUGGGAGAACAUCAUUGAAGAGGGACGGAUCAUCGAGGAUUCUCGAUAUACCGCACCCGGAAACAUGAAAACUCGACGUGAGAUAUUCUCGAAAUGGAGCAGUGACCGAAUCAAGGAUGUCAAAGAACGCAAAGCAAAACAAGAAAAGCAUGAUCCUCGCAUCGAAUACUUGGCAUUUUUACAGGAAUACGCUACACCCAAACUCUAUUGGCCUGAAUUCAAACGCAAAUACCGCAAAGACAAAGCGAUGAAGGAUUCACAAUUGCAUGAUAAGGACCGCGAGAAGUUUUAUCGCGACUACAUCUCUCGUCUCAAACUUCCCGAGAGCACUCGAAAAUCGGAUCUUUCCGCUCUGCUCAAGUCGGCGCCUGUCCACACCCUGAAUCGGUCGUCGAAUCUCGAAGCUCUCCCAACAAUGAUAAUAACGGAUAUUCGAUACAUUGCACUUCCUGCUCAAACCCGGAACCCGCUGAUCGAAGCCUUUAUCUCUACUUUGCCGCCAGCACCGGAUGUACAGCUGACAGCUGAAGAGCAGGAAGAACACGAUCGAAAACAAAGGGAGCGGGAGAAGCGUGAAAGGGCCCUUGCGGAGAGAGAAAAACAAGUCGAGGAUGAUAAACGAAGGCAACGCGGGGAUCUUCUUCGCGGUAAAAAUCUCCUCCGUGAAGGUGAAGCAGAAAUAGCGGAAGCUAUGCAAGUCCGGAAGGAUGGAUUGCGCAGUUAUAUGGAAGUCGAUGAUGCGCCAGCUGAAGCUGAAGAGACGUAUGCCAAAUAA